AUGUCUUCUAUUAUCGGUUGCAGUGGUGCUGACGAAGGCUCUGUGAAGGAGCCCUCAUGGAUAUUGUUUGUCUCGGGUCCCACAGGCUCAGGCAAGUCUUCAGUCGCAAAAUUUCUCGCUUCGAGGUUAGGUGCCCAUUACUUAGAAGGCGACGAUCUUCACCCAAAAGCCAAUAUCGACAAAAUGCAUAGAGGCGAGCCAUUGACAGACACGGACCGUCAAGGCUGGUUUGAAGCAAUCAACGAGCAAGCUUCGGCCUAUAACCGACAGCAAUCUCAACACCACCAUCUCAUCAUUACAUGUUCGGCUCUGAAACGAGCUCACAGGGAUAUCCUGAGAGAAAGCUGCGAUCUCGCUGGGUAUUCUCUCAUGCAUUUCUUCUUUCUUGAUGCACCAGAAUCCGUAUUGCGGCAGAGGACAGAGGCUAGACAAAAUCACUUUGCCAAGUCAAACCUGGUCCACAGCCAAUUCGACGUGUUAGAGCGCCCAAGGAUUGAUGAAUAUGAUGCUACAAUUAUCAGUGUAGUGCCGCCGCUGGAUGAAGUGCAGAGCGAAACACUAAAAGCGGCGACAGCGCUUCUUGACAAAGAACAACUAUCCAAAUGA